UCCUGAGUGUGAUGUGACCGUGCCCAUGUCGGUAGGGGACCAUUGCCAACGUCUCUUUCUCCUCAAGGCUAACUGCUUGCUCAGCCAGUCGACUUCGCUGGGCUCGCUGGAGCGGAGCCGAAUUCCCGCUGGGCUGGACAAGGGCGGCUGAAACACGAGGUGUUAGGUCACAGCGCUAGGCUGGCGGACUGAGGUUUCGUACCUCGGACUGCACUGCCAUCAUGCCGAUUCUUUCAAAGGGUGAGCAUGUGUGGCUGGACAAUGGCAAGGGCGGCGAAUUCGACGUGCCCAUUGGCUGCAUCGUCAAGUUCUCCGACACCGGUCAAAUGCAACUGGUGGACGAUGAAGGACAGGAACACUGGGUGUCGCAAGACAACAGUCACAAGAUCAAGCCGAUGCACAUCACAUCAGAGAAUGGUGUGAACGACAUGAUUCAUCUCGGUGACCUCAAUGAAGCUGGAAUCUUGCACAACUUGCUGAAGCGCUACAAUGAGGAGAAGAUCUAUACGUUCACUGGCAGCAUCCUGGUGGCCAUCAACCCGUACCAGAUCUUCUCCAUCUACGGUCAAGAGUACAUCAAACGCUACCAGGACAAGAAGAUCGGCGAGCUGCCGCCGCACGUCUUUGCCAUCGCCGACAAUGCGUACUACUUCAUGAAGCGCGGACAGCGUGAUCAGUGUAUCAUCAUUAGUGGUGAGAGUGGUGCAGGCAAGACAGAAAGCACCAAGCUCAUCCUCAACUUCCUGGCAGCGACUAGUGGACAGCAUUCAUGGAUCGAGCAGCAGAUCAUCCAGGCCAAUCCCAUCAUGGAAGCUUUCGGCAACGCCAAGACAAUUCGCAAUGACAAUUCCAGUCGCUUCGGCAAGUACAUUGACAUUCAUUUCACCAAGGCUGGUGUCAUCGAAGGCGCCAAGAUCCAGCAGUACUUGCUGGAGAAGUCUCGCAUCGUUGGCCAGGCUGAUGGCGAACGCAAUUAUCACGUGUUCUACCGGAUGAUUUCUGGCAUGACCGCGGAAGAGAAAGGAAAACUGCACUUGAAGGACGCCAAGGAUUUCUACUACCUGAUCCAGGGCAACUCGCUGACAUGUGACGGGAUGGACGAUAACAAGGAAUUUGCACUCAUCAAGGAUGCCAUGAAGAUUCUGACAUUCACGGACCAGGAGCAGUGGAACAUCUGGGAGCAGACAGCGGCCGUGCUACACUUGGGUAACAUCAAGUUUGAAGAGAUGGAAAUCAACAACAUGGCAGCAUGUCGCAUCAUCAACGAAGAAGUGGCUCAUCUUGCUGCCAAGCUCCUUCAGGUCGAUGGAAACGAGCUGGUCAAGUCUUUGACUCAUCGCACAACGUUCGCUCACGGAGAAGUCAUUGUGACACCACUGAGUGCUGCGCAAGCCCUGGAUGUGAGGGAUGCAUUUGUCAAGGGCAUCUAUGGUCGCGUGUUCAUCUGGAUUGUGAACAAGAUCAACAUCGUCAUCUACAAGGAGCCACCAUCACGUCAUGAGACGUACCUGUCUAUUGGCGUACUGGACAUCUUUGGAUUCGAGAACUUUGGUGUGAACUCAUUCGAGCAGCUGUGCAUCAACUACACCAAUGAGAACCUGCAACAGUUCUUUGUGCAGCACAUCUUCAAACUUGAACAGCAAGAGUACGACAGAGAGAACAUCAGCUGGGAACACAUCGAGUUUGUUGACAAUCAGGUAUGCCUGGAUCUGAUUGCCGUGAAGCCAAUGAACAUCAUUGCUCUUGUCGACGAGGAGAGCCGCUUUCCAAAGGGCACUGAUGCAUCUCUGCUGAUCAAACUGCACAAGCAACACGCCGAACACAUUCACUACCUCAAGCCCAAGUCGGCGCAAAACACCACGUUUGGAGUGCGACACUUUGCCGGCGAUGUGUACUACGAGAGCAGAGGUUUCUUGGAAAAGAACCGUGACACGUUCAGUGCGGACUUGAUCGACUUGCUGACAGUGUCCAAGUGCGCAUUCCUGGCAUCCCUCUUCAUCAAGGAGAAGAAGAUGGGCACGGAAACGCGCAAGAAGUCGCCGACGCUGGGUGCUCAGUUCAAGACCUCGCUCGACCUGCUCAUGAAGACACUGAGCGCCUGCCAGCCAUUCUUUGUGCGCUGCGUCAAACCCAACGAGUUCAAGAAGGCGAAGAUGUUUGACCGUGAGUUGUGCACACGUCAGCUCCGUUACUCUGGUAUGAUGGAGACGAUUAGAAUCCGUCGGGCUGGUUAUCCAAUUCGCCAUGCCUUCCAGGAGUUUGUCAAUAGGUACUACAUGUUAAAGAAAGGCCUGAAGGUGUCUGACAACUCCAUCAAUGUCAUCGAGAAGUGCAAGAAGAUUCUGAUGAGCACGCUCGGUGAAGGUCUUUGGCAGAUUGGCAAGACCAAAGUCUUCUUGAAGGACGAACAUGACGUGAAGCUGGAGGAAACACGGGAGGCCAUGCUCAGUGAGCGUGUCACCACCAUUCAGAGAGUAUGGCGCGGCUACAAGCAGCGCAUCUACUUCAAGAAGCUGAAGAAGGCCUGCGUGAUCAUUCAGAAGGCGUGGAAGAAGUUCAGUGUCCGGCGCAAAUAUAUCAAGAUGCGUCGUGGCUUUAUGAGGCUCCAGGCAACCUUCCGCAUGAGGAAGUUGACGCGUGACUACAGGAAGAUGCGUGCAAGAGUCUAUGGCUUCCAGUGCCAUUGCCGUGGAUUCCUACAACGCAAGGAGUUCAAGCGACGGAGAAAGUCAGUGAUCCUCCUGCAGACCCACUUCAGGAUACUGCUGGCAAAGAGAAUGCUACGGCAGCUGAAACUGAAGAAAAAGCGCAGAGAAGAAGCAGAAAGACUAAGGCGCGAGGAAGAAGAGCGUCUGCGACAGGAAAUGGAGGCGGAGGCAGCACGCAGCGAAGCAGAGCGCCACCAUCAGGAAGAGCUAGCUCGCCUGGAACGCGAACGCGUGGCGGAAGAAGAGCGUCUCAAGAAAGAGGCCGAGGAGAAGAAACGUCUGGCCGAGGAAGCUGAAAAGGAGGCAGAGCGUCGUAGGCAAGAAGUGGAUGAGACCAAGAUGGUUGCUGAAGUGUUUGAGUUCUUGCCAGAGGGCGAACAGGACACGAGCAAUGCUGGAGUACCGGAGGCGUUCAAGGAUCUGGUCAACAGACAGCCGGAAAACGAAGAGAGACAAGAAUCGGUCAGCCCACCACCGGAGCCAAUUGCCAAGGCACCCGAGGAAGUGGAGGACCUGUCCAAGUUCCUCUACCCCAAGUUUGCGCAGACCUACUUCCAGGGCCAGGCCACCGACUCGCACAUCCGCCGCCACCUGAAGCAGCCAUUGCUGCAGGGACUGGGUGACAUGGAGCACAAGGCCGCCCUUGCAGUAUGGAUCUGCAUUCUACGCUUCAUGGGCGACAUGCCAGAGCCCAAGUAUCGUGCUCAAACUCAACCAGCAGCCGAGAAAGAGAAGACUGACGGCUUGGUGAAGACGCUGAAAGGAACUCUUGGACGCAAGUUCAGCAAGAGCAAGCUCGCAGAAGAGCUGAAGGAAGGCGCGGAGCCAGGAGCCGAGUUGACACCAAACGAGGAAAAGAAAAUACAAACCCUUCAGCAAAGACUAGAGAAUGAUAAUCUGACCGAGAAGGAAAAGAAGAAGAUUCGCAAGCAUAUUGCGUCCAUGACCUUGAGGAAGAAGAGCAAGAUCAUCCAGGAUGUUGCUGGCCAGCUGAAGGAGAGCGAUGAUGCAGAGCACGUACCUGGCUCUGACCCGACAGCGUCCAUUCCACUGCUACAGCGACCCACCUCCAACCUGGAGAAGCUGCACUUCAUCAUCGGGCACGGCAUUCUACGGCAGGACCUCAGGGACGAGAUCUACUGCCAGAUUUGCAAACAGCUGACCCAGAACCCAUCUAAGACGUCGCACGCCCGUGGCUGGAUCUUGAUGUCGCUGUGCGUUGGCUGCUUCACGCCAUCACCAAAGUUCUUCAAGUACCUGAAGAAGUUCAUUGAUGACGGCCCGCCAGGCUACGCACCGUACUGUCGCGAGAGACUCGUGCGCUGCUUGCAGAAUGGCACCCGUCUUCAGCCACCCAGCUUCCUGGAGCUGCAGGCAAAUCGCUCCAAGAAACCCUUGAUGCUUCCCAUUACAUUCAUGGACGGAAACACGAAGACUCUCCUUGCUGACUCGGCGACAACGGCUGGCGAGUUAUGCGAGCAGCUCACAAAGAAGAUCGAGCUGGGCGAUACGUUCGGCUAUUCCCUCUACAUUGCUCUCUUUGACAAGGUGAGCAGCUUGGGUAGCAGCUCUGAUCACGUGAUGGAUGCCAUUUCCCAGUGCGAGCAGUACGCCAAGGAAAUGAACGUUCCUGAGCAUAAUCCACCGUGGAGGCUGUUCUUCCGCAAGGAGAUCUUCAGUCCGUGGCACGAUCCGCGCGAGGACGAGAAAGGAACUGACCUUAUAUAUCAGCAGAUCAUUCGCGGCGUGAAGUUUGGAGAAUACCGCUGUGACAAGAACGAGGAGCUUGCAUCACUUGUAGCGCAGCAAUACUACGUCGCCAACGGCUUGGACCUGGACAUGCAGAAGCUGGUCGAGUUCAUUCCCUUCUGCAUUCCUGACGUCGCUCUUCAGGCAUCCGGUGCUACUCUAGACAAGUGGGCUGCACUUAUAGCUCAAUGUUUCAAGAAGGCGUACUAUACACAGCAGAAGAUCAACCCGCAGUACGUCAAGGAAGACGUCGUCAUGUUCGCCAAGAACAAGUGGCCACUGCUCUUCUCGCGGUUCUACGAGGCGUAUCGCUUCAGCGGUCCCACGCUGCCGACCAACGACGUGAUCAUCGCCGUCAAUUGGACCGGCGUGUAUAUAGUGGACGAGAACGAGCACGUCUUGCUGGAGUGCUCCUUCUCCGAACUCAGUAGCGUCUCUAGCAGCAGGACUGGCAAGAGCCAAGGCCAGAGCUUCUCAUUGACAACAGUGAAGGGUGAUGAGUACACGUUUACGUCAGCCAAUGGUGAAGACAUCCACCAGCUGGUCACGCACUUCCUGGAAGGUCUUCGCAAGCGCUCCAAGUUUGUUGUGGCCAUGUUGGACUACACCAGCCCCGGUGAAGGGUCAUCAUUCCUGAGCUUCAAGAAGGGUGACUUGAUUUCCCUGGAGAACGAUGAUGAUGGGGAGACAGUCAUGAACAGCGGCUGGUGCUCGGGUCUGUGUGCUCGCACUAACCAGCGCGGCGACUUCCCCGCCGAGUGCGUGUACAUCCUGCCCGCCAUUACCAAGCCACCGCCCGACGUACUGGCUCUGUUCUCCGAGCAAAGUGCCGAUGCUCAGCAGAAGAUGACCAUGGCCGCAUCGCCGGAAGACGAGGAUGUCAAAAUGGACCCCAGCCAGGUGUACACCCUGGAGCAGUACAGCACGCUGCACUUCCGCACGCAGCAGAAGAAGAUGACCAAGUCGCUUUCCAAGAGCGCUCUCAAGCGGAAAGACACCAACCUGCCAUGGGGAUUCACCCGAGAGCCAAUCAAGGGAGCACUGUUGAACAGAGUGGCAGCUAAUGAAGAGCUGUCAAUGAAGGCACAGUCUUCAUUCUUGAACCUAAUGAAGUACAUGGGUGACUAUCCGACAAAGCUGCGUGGGCGAGCGGUUUCUGAACUGGUAGACGGUAUAUUCACCGAUGCGUUGCAGCAUGAUAUUCUGCGUGAUGAAAUCUACUGUCAGAUAAUCAAGCAACUGACUCACAAUGGACUGAAGUCCAGUGAAGAGAAAGGAUGGGAAGUUCUCUGGCUGGCAACUGGCCUGUUCUCAUGCAGCUCCACGCUGCUGAAAGAAGCACAGGCAUUCCUCCGCUCUCGCCAGACAACGCAGACACUAGCGCUGGACUGCUUGAAUCGCAUCAACAAGACAAUGCGGCAUGGGCAGAGGAAGUAUCCACCUCAUCUUGUUGAAAUCGAAGCCAUCCAGCACAAGACAACUCAGAUCUUCCACAAAGUCUACUUUCCCAAUGAGUCGUUCCAUGCGUUUGAAGUGGACUCUGGAACGCGGGCCAAAGACUUCACGUCGGUCAUUGCAAAGACGAUGAAGCUCAAGUCUCCCGAAGGCUUCAGUCUGUUUGUCAAGAUUGCAGACAAAGUUAUCAGCGUGCCUGAUGGAGAUUUCUUCUUCGACUUUGUCCGUCACUUGACGGAGUGGCUGAAGAGAGCAAAGCCACCGAAGGACUCUGCGCCGAUCAACCUCAGCUAUCAGGCAUUCUUCAUGAAGAAGCUCUGGACUGACUUUGCCGUCGGUACUGAUCCCAAUGCCGACAAGAUCUUCUACUAUCACCAGGAGCUGCCCAAGUUUCUCCGUGGCUAUCACAGAGCCAACAAGGAGGAUGCGGCAUAUCUGGGCUCUCUCGUCUACCAGGUCAAGUUUGCACAGGACAAGUCUGCCUUCCAGCAGAUACCGCAAAUGCUACGUGAGCUACUGCCGCAAGACUUGAUUCGCUUGCAGUCGCCGGAGGACUGGAAGAAGGCGAUUGUGGCACAGUACACCAAACACGCGUCGCUCUCAUCCGAUGCUGCCAAGUCGGCGUUCCUGAAGCACAUCAGCCGAUGGCCGACGUUUGGCUCGGCUUUCUUUGACGUCAAGCAAACAACCGAGCCAAGAUUCCCGGAAUCUCUCCUCAUCGCCAUCAACAAGAACGGUGUGAACCUCAUCAACCCGGCCACCAAGGAGCUCUUGGCCACGCACGCCUUCACGCAAAUCUCUAACUGGAGCAGUGGAAACACCUACUUCCACAUGACCAUCGGUAACUUGGUUAACGGCAGCCGGUUGCUCUGCGAGACAAACCUGGGUUACAAGAUGGAUGACCUGCUCACGUCCUACAUCUCGCUGAUGCUCGCCUCUAUCAACAAGCAGCAGAAGAAAGACGCCGGUGCCGGGUCAGCCAAGGCCAAGGCACCCGCGGCGAAAGCACCUGUGGCGAAAGCAGCUGCAGCACCCAGGCAAGCAAAUCCGCGAUCUGCCGGGAAGCCAAGUGCACGCAACGCCGGUCGACCAGGCGCUCGGAAAUGAUCCCAUUAUUUAUGAAAUUGAUGAUUUUCAGCGCACAGAUGCAGAAUAAUUACUACCCUGAAUGUUUUAUUAUAUUUUGAAUCUUAUUUUCAAUACCUGCUUCUCUUUAUUCUUAUGCCCACCUAUUGUCUUUAGUCAACGCCUUGUAAAUUUUUCUCUGCCAAUCCGACAAGCCAGCAGUGUGACCAUAUUUGUAUGAUAGCCACGUUUGUUUUAUGGUCAGUUACAUAGUUUGUGUGCUCGGUGUUCCUCGAAAUUCUAGAAAAACGUUUGCAACAGUGUCUAUUAUAAUUAUACUCGUUUUGCUUGCUUCUGCUUGCUUGCAUGCAUGCAUUGAUUAAUUAUGCGCGAACUCCAGCGCGUACGUUGGCUAGAAUAAUUCUAUGUGUGUGAUCUGUACACCGGUUUGAUGUUACUGCGCUGCGCACAUGAAUACAGCUAUCUUCUUUCUUUGCAUGGACCUCAAACAAAUUUUUUAUAAUACCACAAUAAUACAUGCACAAGUAUGUAACAAGAUUGUAAAAGUUUUGUUCCGCUCCUCCACAAA